CAAAACUCAUCAGCUAAGUAAAUUGUAUGCAUGUGUGUCGAAAGUUUAGUUCUUCGUUCCUUUCUGGAUGAAAGUACACACCUAGGUCUGUUCUAGAGGCAACGUAGAUAAUCAACAAUACAAUAAACAAACAGUAUUAUUAUCUGUACUUAAUUGGUUUCAAAUGAACUCAUGGUCGCGAAUGCGGAAGGUAGCGUAUGUCGCCAUCGGUGCUGCCGGAGGCGCAUUUGGCUUCUGGUAUGCGUCCCGAUCGCUAGACCAACGAAAGGUAUAUAGUUCGUGGACUACUAACUUUAAAGUGUCUAAAUGUGGUAAAUGGGACCAUAACUGGGAUCACCGUGAUCCCAAAAGCUUAGUACAACCUGUGAGCGAUAGCGAAGAUCCUGUCGCUCAAAAUCGUUAUAACGAAGUAUUGGAUAAGAAGAAGUCCAAAGUAACGCGGCAUCUGAUCUUGGUUCGCCAUGGUCAGUAUAAUAUGGAUGGUCGAACAGAUAUUGAAAGGUAUCUAACCGAGAAAGGGAGGAAGCAGGCGGCCAUCAGUGGAGAUCGUCUGAAACAUUUGGGUAUUGAUUUCGACAAAAUCAUUCGCUCGACAAUGACACGCGCUCAGGAAACCGCUAAGAUAAUUUCGUUAUCACUGCCGGAGUUAAAAAUGAUUGACGAUUCAAUGCUGGAGGAGGGAGCACCGAUUCCACCGGAACCACCUAUCGGGCACUGGCGACCGGAAGUUUCGCAGUUUUUCGAAGAUGGAGCUCGCAUUGAAGCUGCCUUCCGGAAGUAUUUCCACAGAGCUGAACCCGAUCAGAAGCAAGAUACGUACACUUUGGUAGUGUGUCACGCAAACGUUAUUCGUUACUUCGUAUGCCGAGCACUUCAACUUCCUCCGGAAGCGUGGCUCAGAAUAUCCUUGGGCCAUGCUUCGUUGACGUGGAUUUCCAUAAUGAGCGACGGAAGAGUGACAUUGCGGACACUUGGCGAAACUGGUCACAUUCCACGUGAGCUGCUCAGUAGAUGAAUAUUUUCAAUUGGUUUUAUAUGAUUAUGGAUGGCACAGUUCCGGGUGAGACGAUUGAUUGUUGCAUUUGUAUCCAAUAAAGUUUUACUGCCUUUGCUUUUCUA